AUGGCCAUGCGAUCGAGGUCAACUCUCCGAGUCCCUGUGCGACGAGAAGAAGAUCACGACCACGACCCCAGCGUCAACAGUCAUCCUCCUCUGCCGCGUCCUCGUCGUCCGUCCGUAGCGCCUGCGACUUCCUCCCCACAUCGUCCGCGUCGUCGGCGUCAGAGCUCGCCCGAUCUGCUGGACACCACCACGCCCGACCUGCCGCGCCGGACAUCCACGCGCCUCUCCAACGCCCCGGAAAACCACCACCACCACCAUCAUACUCCCCCACUCUCCAAAGGCCGACUGCUUCCUCGCCAUGUCACCCCCACUGCCACCACCACUACCACCACGACAACUUCCGCCUCAUCCACACCCCCGACCUCCAUCUUCCUGCGCGGUGGUGCCCGUGAAUCCCCCGAUCCGCUAGAUACCAUCUCCCCCGCGACCUCCUCCAAGCGUCCGUCCGGACCAAUUCCGUCCUCCGUACCUCGACACACGCACCACCAGAAUCGCCUGGCUCUGGCGCAAACAGAAUCCAGCCCUCCUCGACAUGGACCAGUCGCAAGAACCAAUGCGCGACUCUCCACCGAGCGCGCACCUACAAACAGCCCCAAACACCACCCACCGCAUUCCCCCGCAAAACUGACACCACCAGCCUCAACAUCAACGCCAGCGCCCGCAGACGCCGCGAAGCCCGCGCCUGAACAACGGCGCUCCCUCCGUUCGCACGACGGCGCAUCCAGAGGACGAAGUGAACUCGCUCUCUACUUUCCCAACUACGAACAACUCCUCAGCCUCGAGCCCCCUAAACCAGAAUUCCUCACCGGCAACACCACCAUCCGCCUCAUCAACGACCUGACCGAACCCCCCGACUCCGCCCUCACCUUCGCAGACAUCAACCCCGACACCCCCUUCGGCAAUCCGCUCCUCCACCUCCACGACUGCGAAACAAUCGCCCUCCCCUCCCAAGCCCACCACAAACCACCAUCCAAAACUCGCGAUCAUAAACCCCGCAAACAAGAUCCCGAAGAUGAAGACCCCCUCAGCGAAGCCACCUACUUCCGCGCGCACCGCCGCAACGAACGCCAGGAGAAACAGCUGCGCAACAUCGAGCGCGACCGCGCCCAACACGAGAAGCAGCAGCUCGACCGCCUCCUCGACGAGCUGCAGAGCCAGGACUGGCCGCGCGUCAUGGGCAUCGGCACGCUGACCGACCACGAGGAAAAGAAACAAUACGAGACCAAACGCGCCUUCUUCGUCAAGGAGAUCGCCGCCUCUGCUCUAGAAAUUCAAAAUCUGGAAAGAAGAAGAAAAGCGACGCAAGACCGAAAAGGACCGCCUCGCCGCCCUCCACCCCACCCCCAUCCCCUCCGACCAACCCAAACGACGUCCCAAACGCCGUCGCGACGGCUCCCGCCCCGCCAACAAGGACUCCGACUCCGACGACCGCUCCUCCCCCGGCGCCGCCGCCCUCUCCGACGCAAACAGCUGCGGCGAACCCCCGGACAUCAACGACGUCGACGCCUGGGCCGCCCGCCAGCUCCUGCAGGAAGCGCGCUCCGCGACCAACCCCGCAAAGAAGAAACCCAAGCCGUCGUCGACGGGCGGCCCCUCGCCCCGGAGAAAGAAGGGCAAGGGGAACGCAACCCCAGAGCCGCAGCCGCCGCCUCCGUCGACACCCCCGCCCGACGGUAA